UGAAUCUCCUUGGAAACGCGGAGGGCGGCGUCUUCCGGGUCUGGCCUUGUCCCGUGACCCCAGACUUGUCCUUCCGGGGGCACGACGUAACCGUCGCCCCGCCCUUCUCGCUCCCUCUUUCCGGUGGCGGCGUCUAGCGAAGAGUCGCAGAAAUGGCACCUCGCAAGGGGAAGGAAAAGAAGGAAGAACAGGUCAUCAGCCUUGGACCUCAGGUGGCUGAAGGAGAAAAUGUGUUUGGCGUCUGCCACAUCUUUGCAUCCUUUAAUGACACGUUUGUCCAUGUCACUGAUCUUUCUGGCAAGGAAACCAUCUGCCGCGUGACUGGUGGGAUGAAGGUGAAGGCGGACCGAGAUGAGUCCUCUCCGUAUGCGGCCAUGCUGGCUGCCCAGGACGUGGCCCAGCGGUGCAAGGAGCUGGGCAUCACUGCUCUCCACAUCAAACUCCGGGCCACAGGAGGAAAUCGCACGAAGACUCCCGGACCUGGGGCGCAGUCAGCCCUUAGGGCCCUGGCACGCUCGGGAAUGAAGAUUGGCAGGAUCGAGGAUGUCACCCCCAUCCCCUCCGACAGCACCCGCAGAAAGGGGGGUCGCCGUGGUCGCCGUCUGUGAACAGGACUCCGGAGAUUAUUUUCUGUUAAUAAAUGGCCUUCAUGUAA